UGUUGUAAACUUGUAGCCCCUGAUAAAGUGUACACUACGGCUACCUGUCCAUCCAGUAACUUUCUCCAAGUAAACAAUAAUUUUUUUCCUUUAACUUUUAGCUUAAUUUCAUCAUUGAAAACAUAUAAGAUACAUCUUUAGUUUUUUCUUCUCUGUUUUCCGCACAUUUUUUAAUCCUAUCAUGAUCAUGACAUUGUUUUCAUUACGGAGAAAUCGCAAAAUCUAGAUGUUAAAUAAUUUUUUUUGUUUCAUCGUUUUCGUUACAGUUUGAAAAUUUAAGCGUAUCUGGAAGUCAAUACUGUUGUCCAAUAUAUGUUGUGAUUAUUUUUUCUUGUCGUAAAUUUUUUGCAUUAUUUUCAGAAUAAAAAUGGUUUUAAUUUGGCGAAUUAUAGCGGUAAAGUUUGAUUGAAAAUGGCAUUUUGGAGACGAGUUAAAAACAAAAACAGUGGAGGGAAUGUCUCCAAGUCCCAGAGCUGUCCUGGUUUCGAAUCUGAUGAUCUCCGGAAUAUAUCCUAUACAGAGAAGAGAGAACCUUUGGCAGAUUUCUCGACAGAAUAUGAAGAGAAAUGGAAGGAAGGUGAUAACAAAGAUUUAACAGAUAUUAAAUUCUCCAGACUUUCUCCACCCUUACAGGAACUGCUGAAUGACCCUUCUGCUCUGGGAUACUUUAUCCAGUAUCUGGAUACACGCAGUGCCGGUCAUCUUGUUAAAUUUUACCUGGAUACUCAGAGUUUCAGAAACUCCGCGGAUUUUGUGCGCUCCUCGCCGCGGCAUUGUUCCCGAGGGAUCGAUGAGGAACGAGGGAGACUGGAACGUGUUCCUGAAAAUAGCUCCCUUGAGUCGAGUUCCCAGCCAAGUUCCUCAGCUCCCUCCCCCUCCUCCUCAUCAUCUCUUCACAAUAUAGCCUCUGAAUCAGAAAGUUUCGACUCAGGAUUCUCAAAAGAAUUUGAAUCCGGAAGAGAAUCAGGGCAUCCUAAUACACCUUCAUGUACAUGUAGUUCAUCAUGUACAUGUAGUGCGUCAUGUACAGGUGCUUGUACUCCCGAAGGAUCAUGUACAGGCUCCUGCUCAUCCAUCGGAGGCUCUGUGGCAUCCUUUCCAUCCUCCAAUCAGUCCUCUAACCAUCAGAGUGGUGGUUUGGAGUCUGAAGAAUAUGGACGAAAAGAAUCUAUUCUAAAAUCUAGAACUGAAGAUGCUCUUAACAUUUACAGAAGAUAUAUAGCACCUGAUAGUGCUACUUCGAUCUGUAUUCCUACUGAAAUGACACGUGAUAUCGUUGAACUAAUCUGUGAUGAAACUGGUUUUGUGGAUCCUGACUGCUUCCUUCAUGCCCAGGAUGAAGUAUUGUGUGUACUUGAGUCUGAACACUAUCCUGGAUUCCAGGAGAGUGAAUACCAGGCUAAACACCAGUUAGAUGUUCUGACAGGGGGCAAGCUUGUUAUUACCGACCUACUCUACAACGACGUAGCACUCUUCCACUUGAUGGAGUUCAUGGAGGCUGAGGGGCAGAGGGCUGUUGUAGAAUUCUGGAUGUCAGCUCACAACUUCCAGCAGUCCAUAGCCAGUAACGAUGAUGAGAGUUCCGGAGAAACUACCCAUGAUGCGAUGAUACUGUACGACAAAUAUUUUUCAAUGCAGGCUAGUAAUCCCCUGGGAUUUGAUGACAGUAUUCGGUUGGAAAUAGAGAAUAAUAUUUGCCAGGAUACUGGGCCUGGUAUACACUGCUUCUCCAGGGCACUCCGUAUACUGCUGGCCUAUAUAGAAACCAAAUACUUAACGAAGUUUCUGGCUUCCACCCUUUUCCAAUCAUACGUCAAGGAACUUAUUUCAUCUAUACAGAACUGCAGUAAACCCUCUAUACAAUCUCCUGUAAAAACCAACAUCACAACAAUCACAACAACAACAACAACAAUGCGUGGGCACAACAACCUCAACAGAUGUAACAGCAGCGAGAGUAUCAGUAGUUGUAACAGUGAGUCAUCGAGCAGAUUAUCCCAUCUUGGUGUUCAAAGGAAUACUCUGCUAGCUACCGGGGAUAAGCUCUCUCCGGUAGAAAGGUUUGGAAGUUUGAGAAUAGAUAACGGUGCCCUAACUGAUCCUGACUCUAUCUGGAAACGAAAGCCUAUCAAGUCUAAAGUCGGUAAGAUUGAUUAUCUUGGUAGAUACCACUCCAGCUGGGAGAAACCUCCAGAUAUUCUCAAGGAAGGAGGGUUGAUUGGUAAGGUGAGAAGGUUGGGUCGAGGAAACGAGCAGAUCAGAUUACAGGAGGAAAUGGCCUGGCAGGUCGCGGAGAUGUUUGUCAGAGAUGUAACCAGUAUAACAAUGGGAGGAGACAAUAAUAAUGGAGAACUAGAAACCCAGGAAAAAGAUCCAGGUCACAAAAUAUCCUCGGAUAGAGAAUACAGCACUGAACCUGUCAAGGAUACACAAUACAUUCCAGUCCCUUCGGAUACAGAAACACCCGAUGCUAAAACAAGAUACAUUCCAGAAUUAGUUCCUAAUACCGAAAAUUCAGUCCAUUUAUCUAUCAAUUAUAGCAUGCAUAAUUCAGACAAAAUUAGUUCCAACUCAUAACUAAACAGCGCUUUACAUAAAUUGUGAUACAGGGUUUCUAACUAAACUUUACAGUUGGUUGACGAUUUUAAGAUCAUCUUUGUUCUUUGAUUGCCAUCUUUAAGUGUGAAUAUACAGAUUUUGCAUGAAUUUUUAUAAACUUUUAUAAAUUUAUCUUGCCGAAGGGCCAUUUUUGUUUAAUUUAUUAAUUAGAAAUCUGACGGAACUUGUACAUCACUAUUAAAGAAAGCUUAAAUAGCUGACCAUAUUUUGCAAAUCCCAAAAAUAGGGGAAAUCAUAUCCAUACUUGUAAUAUGAAGGAGACGACUGAAUGCUGCAAAUGAUUUCAAAGGCGUGUAGAGUGGAGACCUUUAGGUCGUUUUCCACCGUCAUGUUUAAUGGGACACCCUGUAUUUACACAUUAUAGACAAUUGUAGAAUAUUCAUAUUUACUCUAACGGGUUGUUGUCCAAAGAUGUUUAUUCCUUUCAUUAAAGGGAAAGUAGACGUAAUUUCAGGGAACUCUUGAUUUGAUGAGUAGAAUUUCCGAUUCGCAUGAGUUCCCUCUAAACAUUAAUCAGAUCAACAAUUAGGAAGAUGUCGUCGUUGUUCUAUCUUUAAAGGGACUGUAAGCGUAAUUUCCAUUAACUCUUCAUACAUAGUUUACAAUGCCAGAUUCAUAACGGUACCCAUAAAAGAUUUGUCCGCUAAAGUAAGAAUUAUAUAACAAUGUUCAUAAAUUUGAAAACUGAUUAAAUUUUAUUGUGGUUUCUUUACAUUUAACGACAUGAAAACAUUAAGGAAUCAUGGGAAUUAAACACGUUUAUAACCAAAAACGACAACAUAUUUCACGCAGUAGAUAGAAAAAGUUUUCAAUUGCUAUCCCUGUGAUUCGGGCAUUGCCAUCUUUGCAUGGAGUGUGUGCACUUACGCCCACACUCCUCAUAAACGUGUUGGAUACGCUCACAGUCCUCAUGAACGUGUUGAAUACGCCCACAGUCCUCAUAAACGUGUUGAAUACGCCCACAGUCCUCAUAAACGUGUUGAAUACGCCCACAGUCCUCAUAAAUGUGUUGAAUACGCCCACAGUCCUCAUAAACGUAUAGAAUACGCCAACAGUUCUCAUAAACAUGUUGAAUACGCCCACAGUCCUCAUAAACGUGUUGAAUACGCCAACAGUCCUCAUGAACGUGUUUAAUUAUGAUUAUUUCCUAUUUCUCCCGGUUGCAAACAUCUACUUGUCUCUUGUAGGGAGAGCCGAAGAAGGAAAAUAAUGAAGUUUAUUUAUAACAAGAAUAUGUCAUUCAUCAUUAACUACACACAAAUUUUAAGAGUAUCAUUGUGAAUUGGAAAAUCUUUAAAUGGAGAGACUCAUGAAAUUACUCAUUCCAUCCCUUUAAUACAUUUCAGAUCAAUGAUCUCUAAUCUUUCUUUUAUUGAUUCCCUCUUGUCGCAAAUCUUUUUCCAAAAAAACAUAUAAGUAAAUAAAAACUUCUUAUCCAAAUUUAGUCUAAUUUAUAAAUAUCUUUACUAAUCAAGUUUUCUUUGAAGAAAAGAAGCCUUUUUCAUAAGUCAUCUUAUUAGUUUGCUGUCCUCUUAGAAGCCUUAUACAUUUAUGUUUAUUUUUUCUCUUUUCUUUGUCAUAACUUCUGAUAAAAAAUAUGUUAUACCUAUAGACCCAGACCCUGUUCAGAUUUUUAUAAGCGUAUAAGAUUUUUGUAAGCGUAUUUUAAAGUGUCCUAAUUAAAAAAGAGGUAUGACCAAAUCACAACGGUACCAUUUAAUCCUUUAUCUGCUCAAGGAUAUGGAAGAAAUAGUCGUAUUUUGGAUAUCUAUAAUUUUAUCUUGAUUAUCAAGACAAGAUUUUCAAGAGUACAAUUGUGAAUAGGACAUGGCACUUUUUUCAAAUAGAGAGUAACUUAAUAUUACGACUACAGUGACCCCUGUAAAUAAAACAAUUGUCUUCCUCA